CGUUACUAGAAGGGCUCCAGGAUGGAGGCCGGCCUGACUUCUCCGCCUCGGUGGGCUGGGUCGGCGGCUGGAGCAUUACCCCUACUGCGGGUCCCGCUGCUGGCAGCGCUGGAAACUGGGUGGACGGCAUGGGUUGGUCUCAGGAUUUGUUCCGCGCCUUGUGGAGAUCGCUGUCAAGGGAAGUGAAGGAGCACGUGGGCACAGACCAAUUCGGGAACAAAUACUACUACAUCCCGCAGUACAAGAACUGGAGAGGACAAACUAUUCGAGAGAAAAGAAUUGUAGAAGCAGCAAAUAAAAAAGAAGUAGACUAUGAAGCAGGGGAUAUUCCAACAGAAUGGGAAGCUUGGAUUAGAAGAACAAGAAAGACUCCACCUACUAUGGAGGAAAUACUAAAGAAUGAAAAACACAGAGAAGAAAUCAAAAUAAAAAGCCAAGAUUUUUAUGAAAAAGAAAAACUCCUUAGUAAAGAGACCAGUGAGGAACUCCUGCCUCCACCAGUUCAAACUCAAAUUAAAGGCCAUGCCUCUGCUCCAUACUUUGGAAAGGAAGAACCCUCAGUGGCUCCCAGCAGCACUGGUAAAACCUUUCAGCCAGGAUCCUGGAUGCCACGAGAUGGCAAGAGCCACAAUCAAUGAAUGCAUUAUGGUCAAAUCUUUUCAUGUAUAUGGAUGUGACUAUUUUAACAAAUAAAAGAAGUGAAAAGUUAA